AUGCAACUGCUGGUGCCACUUGUAAGUGCAUACCGCUAUGAUGGACCAGAGGUCAACACAAGGCUGGCACACUCGGAAGCCAAAAUACUUCAUGAGAAGAUCCAUCACAAGGCUUAUAGUGAUGAUGAGAUCAUCAGAAUCCUCACGACUUGGAGCAAAGCUCAGCUUCUUGCUACAUUCAAUUAUUACAACGAUGCAUUUGGCCACCCAAUCAACAAGGAUCUGAAGGCUGAUCCCAAGGACGAGUACCUCAAAACGCUGCGGGCGAUCAUUCGGUGCCUCACCUGCCCCGACAGGUACUUCGAGAAGGUGGUCAGGCAGGCCAUCGCGGGUCUGGGCACGGACGAGAGCUCCCUGACCCGGGUCAUCACCACCCGCGCCGAGGUGGACCUGAAGCACAUUAAGGAGGCCUACCAGAAGAGGAACAGCGUGCCACUGGAGCGCGCCGUCGCCGGGGACACCUCCGGCGACUACGAGAGCAUGCUCCUCGCCCUCCUGGGCCAGGAGUGAUGAGGCGUCGGCUGCCGCGCGUCGCCGACCGGUGCCGUGCUGUCGUUUGCGGUCUGUUCGGGUAAUUAAACCUGGUAUGCGUAGCUGUUGGCCGUUGUGAACGUGAGUGGGAUCGUUUCUUCCGUGAUGGUACUGUCGCUGCAGCUUGCAUAUAACAGUGGUGAUCAAAUAAAUUGUGUUCACGAUGAAUCAUGGCAUUUGUUUUCA